AUGCGACUGAAAGCAGAUAUGUCCCAUCUGACGAGGAUAUUGGCCCUUGGUUGUAUGGUUCAGCUCUCGGCCGCUGCAGGUAUUGCUGAGUGGAAGUCCAGGUCGAUUUACCAGACGAUGACCGACCGUUUCGCGCGCACAGACGGAUCAACAGUUUCACCAUGCAACACGACCGCGGGUCUUUAUUGUGGAGGGACAUGGAGAGGCACAAUAGACAAGCUCGACUAUAUUCAAGGGAUGGGAUUCGAUGCUGUCAUGAUCUCUCCUAUAAUUGAAAAUGUUGAGGGUCGAGUUUCCUAUGGUGAAGCCUACCACGGGUACUGGCCCGUGGACCUCUAUUCGCUGAAUUCACAUUUCGGAACUCGACAAGAUUUGCUGGAUCUCAGCGAUGCUGUGCAUUCCCGGGGAUCCACCCAUAUUGACUACUCGGUCUUCACGCCAUUUAAUAAUUCCGAUUACUUUCACCCCUACUGCAAAAUCACAGACUGGACCAAUUACACCAACGCACAGAACUGUCAGACUGGAGAUAAGAUCGUCCCCCUUCCAGACCUCUUCACUGAGCAUAAAGAUGUCCAGAACCUCCUCGAGAAGUGGGCGCAGGAUACGAUGCAAACUUAUUCGAUUGAUGGACUUCGAAUCGAUGCCGCUAAGCACGUCAGCUCGGGAUUUCUACACAGCUUUGACAAGUCAACGAGCGCAUUCAUGACUGGAGAGGUGCUUGAAAUGAGCAAGGAUAUAAUUUGUGAUUACCAGCACAACUACAUCCAAAGUCUCCCAAACUAUCCAGUUUACUACGCGAUGCUGGAGGCUUUUACAAAAGGCAAUAUCACUCGCCUCGCGACAGAAGUAAUCGAGAUGAAGGCAAUUUGUCCCGAUGUGACAGGCCUUGUUUCCUUUUCUGAGAACCACGAUGUGCAGCGUAUUGCUAGCUUUAACGACGAUAUUGCACUCGCGAAAAAUAUACUUGCCUUCACCAUUCUUUUUGACGGCAUCCCGAUGAUCUACCAAGGGCAAGAACAACAUCUAAAGGGCGCUGGCACUCCAUUAAAUCGACAGGCUCUGUGGCUGUCUGAAUACGACACCGAUUCUGUUCUCUACAAGUUGAUCUCUAAGCUCAAUGCUAUUAAGAGCCAUGCCCAAAGGAUAGACAACAAUUACAUCCACACCGAAUCGCGUGCCGUCUUUGAAGGCGGAAGUGAACUUGCCUUCGUGAAAGGUAUUGAGGGGCUCCAGGUGCUGAUGCUCCUCUCAAGCCAAGGCAAAUCUGGCAAACCCUACGAUCUCAGUCUACCAUUUAGCUUCAAUGCUGGCACACAAGUCACCGAGGUGCUUAAUUGCAAAAAUUACACUGUCGACAAUCAAGGUGAAUUAAAGCUCGACAUGGACGCAGGCGAACCUCGGGUUUUCUAUCCCACCAAAUACAUGGGAGGCAGUGGUCUUUGUGGAUACUCAUCCUCCAACAUCAGCCUUGCGGAUCUCAAGAUGGGCUACUCAUCGGCUAAAUCUCUCGGGACUCCUACGCGUGUAAACCCGACCGGUUCAAUUUUGAUUUCUUUUAUUCUAUUGCUGCUUUUAAGCAUUGAGAGACUCUUUUAA